CAUAUUCAUUAAUUCACACUUAUGACUUAUCUGAUUCCAAAUUCAUUUUAUACAUAAAAUCUGUGGCAUUUCUGGACACUCAAGCUACGUACAAGAAAAAUAGAUAAAAGAUGGAGUCUUCAAGGUAUGACUGCUCUUGUGACCGGUGGCACUAAAGGAAUCGGAGAAGCUGUGGUGGAGGAACUAUCUAUGAUGGGAGCAAGAGUCCACACAUGUACCAGAGACGAAACUCAGCUUCAAGAACGCUUACGUGAGUGGCAAGAAAAAGGGUUUCGGGUCACCGCUUCUGUCUGCGAAGUUACUUCUCGUGACCAACGAGAGAAACUCAUGGAAACUGUUUCAUCCCUCUUCCAAGGAAAACUCAACAUCCUCAUAUAUUAUGGAAACGCCAUAUAUGUUAAUAACGUGGGUGUACUUCGUGGGAAGCCAACAACAGAAUAUGUGGAAGAAGAUUUCUCUUUCCACAUCUCAACAAAUAUGGAAGCUGCUUUCCAUUUUAGCCAGCUUUCACAUCCUCUCUUAAAGGCUUCAGGAUUUGGAAGCAUCGUCUUUGUUUCCUCUGUUACAGGGAUUGUAUCAGUUGAAUGUGGAUCCAUUUAUAGUCUAACGAAAGGAGCUUUGAAUCAGCUAACGAGGAAUUUGGCAUGUGAAUGGGCAAAAGAAGGCAUAAGAGCCAACGCUGUUGCACCAAAUAUCAUCAAGACUCCUCAGGCCGAAUCUAAUCUCAACAACGUCGGUUUCAAGGAGGGAUUGUUCAGUAGAACUCCACUUGGUCGCGCUGGAGAGCGGAAUGAAGUUGCAUCAUUAGUGGUCUUCUUGUGUCUACCUGCAGCUUCUUAUAUAAUUGGUCAAACCAUUUGUGUUGAUGGAGGUCUCACUGUUAAUGGAUUCUCCUAUAAGCCACAUGCUUAAGAACGGGUCAAACUAUUUGUAUUGAUGGACGUUUCACUGUUAAUGACUUCUCUUAUCAGCAACAUUCUUGGGGAUA